GAUGUGUGCCGAGCCGAGUGGGGCUGUGAGUUGGCCAUUUGGGUCGGCGCCGAGCCCAAGCUGAAAUCACGAUCGUUGUUGCCGAGGUACGCCCAUCUCCGCCUGUGUUUUGAGACGUGCCUGGUCAUGAUUUGCAGUGGAAGUGACAAGUCUAACUUGCUAGAGGUGUUGGCCUCCUUCGGAGAGCCCGUUAAGUCGAUGCUCAUGGAUUUCUGGGCCAUGUCUUUGGGGGUUUCAAUCGGUCCUGAGGUUCACAAACAUGUUUGGCAGGAUCUCGUGCCGAAAUUCAGCUACCGCAUCCGGCUUGCUCGUCAACGAGGCCUCGGGCUUGUUCUGUCGUUUGUCGCUUUCAGGGUCAUGGGCGUCUCCUUCCUGUUGCUUCGUUUCCACAUGUAUCCCGCCCAGCCAGGAGAUCACGAG